CUUUUGUCUUCCUCACCUGACUCCCCCCUGUUUUCUCCGGUUCUCCCGACUUCCCCCGAACCCCCGCGCGUGCGCGUUCGCCGUUCGCGCCGCCGGCCUCGCGGUGCUCCACCGCCGACCCGUCGUGCUCCGCGCCUGCCCACGCCACGCGCCGCCGUCGGGCUUCCUCACACUCCCGUGCCGCCGGCCCCUGCGCACCACUUGCCCUGCCGUUGCAACCCGCAAGCAAAACCGUACUCUAGGGUUUCCACUGGGAUUUGCCGCGACCGGUCGUCGAUCCGCCGUCUCCGUCCGCUGCGCCUCGGCUUGUUCACCUCCGGCGACCCCCGCUGCACCGCCUCCCUCAUAUCAAGAGGCGAGCCAAUUUUCCCAACGGGAAUUCGAGUGCAGCGCAGCGGCUAACGCACAAUGGAAGGCUCGCCGGCGACACGCCUCCCGGAGGCCGACUCUCUCCCUGAUGGCUUCGUGGAGAGCUCGGGCGCGUGCACGGCCUCUCCUCCAUCCCCUGCGCCCACCUCGGAGGAUCCACCACAUGUCACUCUCGACUCCGGUCGCCCUGCAGCCACCAGCCCAGGCGGUAGGGAAACCCUAGGCGAUCCCUCUCUCCCCGCCCCAACUGUCGAGGAUGCCUCCUCGGCCGCUGCCGAAGCCUUGGAGGCACUCUCUCUGCACGCCGCUGCGGAGCCGGAACGCGCUCUAGGGGAGCAUGGAUCUGGCAAUGCUGCAAGAGACGCUGAAGAAUCCUUGAAGCAGAGCUGUGCAGCUGAACAAGAAGCAUCUCCAACUGCUCAAAAACAAAAGGAGAGUGGUGAGCCGAAACGCAAGGUCGUGAAGCGUAGUAAGCUCGAGAAGGACAGAGAGCUGUUUGAACUUGCCCAGCAAUACCACAAAGUGGUGGCAGAAAGGGAUGCAGCCAUUGCAGUCAAAGAAAAACUAGAAUCUCUUUGUAGGGAGUUUCAGCGUCAAAACAAAAUGCUGAAGGAAGAGUGCCAAAGGGUGUCGACAGAGGGGCAGAACAUGCGUAUGGAAUUGUCUGACAAAUUCAAUAAUGCCAUAAAGGAUGUGAGUGUCAAGCUUGAGGAGCAGAAAAAUGAAUGCAUUGCUCAGCUAGAAGAGAACAAUCUGUUGAGAAGUAAACUCAAAGAUCUUGCUGAUCAAUAUAACAUUACUCAGCAGAAAUAUGCUCACCAGUUGAAAGAGAAGAUGCUGGAACUUGAGCUUGCGGAUCUGAAACUUCAACAGCAUCAAGAGAAGGCUGCUCAGGAACAUACCCAAAUGCAGUUAUAUGCUGAGCAAGUUUCUCAGCUUAUGACUACUGAGAAGAACCUGCGGUUGCAACUAGCUUCUGAUGGAGAAAGAUUUCAGCAGUUUCAGGAUGCCCUGUCAAAAAGCAAUGAAGUCUUUGAAACAUACAAGCAGGAGAUGGAAAAGAUGAUCUCGGUGAUAAAGAAUCUGAAGAAGGAGAAUGAAUUUCUGAAGGGAAAAUGUGAGAACUCAGAUAUCGCUCUCGUAAAGCUCAUUGAAGAGCGUGAGCUAACAAAGAAGCAAAUAGAAAAGUUGAAAAAUCAAAAGGAGAAGCUUGAAUCCCUGUGUCGUUCGCUACAGGCAGAAAGGAAACAAGGCUCCUCCGCCAGUAUUCCUGAGGCACCUUCUAGCCAAGAAGAUGUGGCAGUGACAAGCCAAGAUUCGUAGUGCAUAUGUGCUCCAUCUUCCUGAUGUGCAUGCCAAUGUUUCAUUGGUCCCACCUACCGCUUGCUGAGAUUUCAAGCCUGAGAAAUGGAUAUGAUACUUUUAUCCAAUUUAGCUUGUGAUGUGCAUGGCAACUGUCUAUUGGUUUAACUGUUAGAGACUAUGGAGAAAUUGUUGUCCCGCCUCUGGCGUUUUGAGAUUGUUGUCAGAGGGGUGGUAGCACCUGAAAGGCUGAAACUUCCCCACGCAAGUGACUCCGAUUGUUUUUUUUUCUUCAGUAAGGGAAUUUUGUUUAAUCUUAAACAAUUACAUCAACAUGAUACAAUCAUGCAUUACUAAGAUCCA